GCCGAAAUCACUUGAUUGUGGCGAAUUCUGUUUGACAGCCUUCUCGUUCGUGUUCCAUUUUCCAUUUCACAUUGCACAAUUAUUUCCACUUUGCAUUCCCAUUGUGCAUAACACGUGGUCCUUUCACGGCAACUAAGAAAAGUUCGAAUAUUUCUGAAUAUUUCCACAACCAAUUGUUCGUAAUAUCAACUCUCAUAAACUGAAUAUUAUUUUGUUUCCAAAAAUUAUCCAUUUUCAUUUUUGUUAUCGUAUAAUUUCGUAAAAAGGCGUUCACACUCACAAUUUUUGGCGUGAAUUUGAUCAAGUGUAAGCACCAAGCGAUCUGCAAGCGAAAUUUUGAUUGAAUGUGAAAAGUUACGAACAAAUUCAUUGUUUUCUGAGGUGAAAAAAACUUCAAAAUGCGUUUCAUUUGGGACGAUAUUGGAUGGAAAUUGGUGAGCCACAAGAGAGCAUACGAUGAAAAUCAAUUUGUUGUAGUACGAAAACUCCAUGUGAAGCUGAACACAGACUCAGACAGUACUUUGCCCAUUCAAGGAUUCUCAGUUGAUUUGAUUCGUCAACACAGUGAACGUUUUGGUAACAUUGAGUCGAUUGAAAUGCUACCAAACAAGGAAACAGAGGCCCAUGUGACAUUUGUCAGCGACCGCAGUGCAUAUUCAAUGCAAUCUCAGCAUGAAUUUGACAAGGAAGCCCGCAGAAAACAGCAAUUCCAAAUCCAACCAGCCGACACAUGGGAACAACCACGGGAAAAUACCAAUCCACUACCUAAAGAAGAUUUGGAACAAACAUCGGAAAUAUUCAUGUUGAACGAGGACUGUUUGCUGCACCUGUUCAUGUUUCUGGAUGUCGGCUCUCUCGUCGAUAUGGCCGACGUGUGCAAAUUGUUCAAUCGACUGUUGCAUCGGUACUGUUUUCCACGCAUUCGGAAAUUUGAGGUAAUCAACAGCUACAUACCCUAUACAUUUUUUAUGCCAUUGGCGAAAAUGCACCGAGUCUUGCGGUGCGUUGGCCCGUACAUCACCGAUUUAAUCUUCGAAUGCAAUGUCGAUGAAUGGGAAAUUAAGCAUGAUGUCGUCACUAGAUUUUUGGAAGUGUUGGCCGAAAAUGUCGGCACCAAUAUUCGUCGAGCGUGGAUCUCUUGCCGAACCAUCUGUAAAAAUGAUCGCAUCUCAAAACUUGCACCGAUUUUCCGUCAUUUGGAACUGUUACAGCUCAAAGCAAAUAACUAUACCUUUGACAUCGAUUUUCAUACGAUGUGCCCGAAUUUGGUUGACAUCCAAGUGGAUGUGAAUGUGCCAAUGAGAGGCUGUGUUAAACCGUGGAAAAGCCUACGUCGCUUAGCCAUCAUCAAUAGUAGCAUUAACACGGCGGAUUUGAUUAAGCUGAUUGCACUGAAUCCACAGCUCACACACAUUGAAUUUAAGGAUGAUCUCAAUGGAAACAUCUCACUACCGAUCUCGAACUUGCGUAUGCUUGAAAAUGUCCAAAUAGCAAGCACCCAUUAUAAUCAUGGACACUUGAAUGGCUUCAAGAUUGCUUGCUUGAGUCGUCUUCAGCAUUUGACAGAAAUCAGUUUGUUCCGCUUACGUCGUGACUCAAUGGAAGGGAUCCUUGAUUGUUUGGCAACCUUUGUUGGACUACGAAAAAUAUGUUUGCAUCAAGAAGAAGAAGCUGAACGUGUUGCAGUUUCUGCAGUCGAUCCGAGAUCUUUGCGGUCAUUGGUCAAAUUGGCUACGAAACAACCGAAAUUGGAAGAACUGAAAUUGGAUUCUGUAAAACUAACGAGAACUGCUUUGAUGGAGUUCGUUCGUUACGCCAUUCAAUUGAAAAAGCUUCAACUCAAGUGGAGCGGUUUGAUGAUCUCGGACCAAUUAAUCUUGAACUUGGUCGACGUCUUGAAAUUCAAUCGAUCAGAGCCCAACGACGUUUUGGUACUGGAAUUGUAUUCAUACCAGCUCGAAAAUUUGAAUGUGAUCAAGACUCAAUCGGUUUCACGUUACCUUCAAGUAAAACCGAUUUAAACAGCUUAGUCGAUAUUUUACGCACACAUCACAUACGUACAAAGUACAUCUCGGCUAUUUUUCAAAUGCCAUGAAUCAUUUUUUCUCUCUCAAAAAUAGAAUCAAAACAUUAAUAAGUCAUAAGCCAUUUGCCUUAGGCAUGUAUUCAAACAUUA